GUUGUUUUCCUCUUCGUGUUUCUCUACCAGCUUGAAUUUGGGCUUCUUCUAGGGUUUCCAUCAGACCUUGAUCGAUUGUGCGAGAGGAUCUAAUCUCCUUAGUAUUCGAUCCAUGGCUUCUCGCAGGCGGACGCUUCUCAAGGUUAUCAUCCUCGGUGAUAGCGGGGUUGGGAAGACGUCUCUGAUGAAUCAGUAUGUGAAUCGAAAGUUCAGCAACCAGUACAAAGCCACGAUUGGAGCUGAUUUCUUGACCAAAGAAGUGCAAGUGGAAGAUAGGUCAUUCACAUUGCAGAUUUGGGACACAGCAGGGCAAGAAAGAUUUCAGAGUCUUGGGGUGGCUUUUUACCGUGGUGCUGAUUGCUGUGUUCUUGUUUAUGAUGUUAAUUCCAUGAAAUCAUUUGAUAAUCUGAACAAUUGGCGGGAAGAAUUUCUGAUUCAGGUAGCCAUGUUUACUCCUAUCCUGAAUUGUUGUUCUUGUAGUUUCAGAAGGUUUUGUGACACAUCAACAUUGAUGGUCAUAUUUCAGGCUAGCCCAUCAGACCCGGAGAAUUUUCCAUUCAUAGUGCUCGGAAACAAGAUAGAUGUUGAUGGUGGGAAUAGCCGUGUGGUUUCAGAGAAGAAGGCGAAGGCAUGGUGUGCGUCAAAGAGCAACAUUCCCUACUUCGAGACCUCUGCGAAAGAGGGGUUCAAUGUUGAGGCUGCAUUUGAAUGUAUAGCAAAGAAUGCCUUUAAGAAUGAACCUGAAGAGAACAUGUACCUUCCAAACACCGUCGAUGUUACUGCUGGAGGGAGGCAACAAAGAUCAGCAUCGAGCUGCGAAUGUUAAAAAGUCAGAUAACUCAAAACUAUGAUAGGAAUCUGCGCUCCAGUUCACUCUGUUCAUCGUUAUGCAGUUACAAUAACUAGACUUUUAGUUUAUAUUACUGUAUUCAUUCAGUGUUCAGUAUCUUGACCUUAAAAGUACCAUUGUUUGUUGCUAUCUGUUCGUUGUUCUUGUUCUUCAUAGCCAUCAUUAGAAGAGCAUCAUUCAUUUUGUAAUGAAGACUUGAGAUUCGUUCUGUAUUCUUUAGAUCACUCUUGGUUGUU